AUGGCGCCUGCGGACUCGCUGUCGGGGCUCCGGGCCGCGAGGGGCGGGCGGGUAGGCGCUGCCGGCGGCUCGGGUUACAGCCGGGGGCGGGGUGGGGGGGCCGAGGGGGGGGCGGGGAGGCCGGGAGGCGCGGCGACCCUGAAGGGAACCAGCUGGCCGUCCCGCUGUCGGGAGUACCCCGCCGCCGCCGGCCUGGGGAGUGCGGACCCAGGGCCUCCGGGUCGCUGGCAGCGGCCUGGGCACGGCCUGCUGGGCGGGUGGCAUCCUCCCAACCCUUGGACGCCGAAUGAGACCUGGACGUGGAGCCUCCAUCCCGGCCAGCUCGGGACACGUCCCGCUGGCGCCGGCCUGACAGGAUCCCCGCGAGAGCGGAGGGGACACGCGGAAACACUGUGCCCUGCCAUCUUCCUCAGUUUACAGGCCAUGCCCCUGGCUGGCACCCAAAUCCCCUUGAGACUGUCACUACGAAUGUUUAAAAUGAGCCCGAGGUGGUCAGUGUGUGAGGUGCGGACACAGAUGUGCUUCAGCGAAGCAGGACUUACCUGGGAACACAAGGGCUUCGUGUCAGCAUCCCAGACACUUAGCUGCUAUUUCCAGGGUCACGAGUUUGCUCAGCCAGCAAGACUUCCUGUUGGGAACUAG